AUGCCUCCGGUUGUGCACACCGAGGCUGAGGAGUCCGACUUUCUCUCGAGCCUCUUCUCUGAGGUCGAUAGUGCGCCCAUCCCCGCACCCUCCUCCUCGCCGACGCGUCGACGCGCUGCCGCACCUCAGCCACGCACCCCACUCCGCGCCUCGCGGUUCAACGGCUCUCCUCACGGAGUACAGGCGAAGCAUGUCCCGCAGGCUGACUCGCCCAAAUUCAGACAUACAGUCUACGCGGCACAAGAUGUCGACUUCGAUGCCCUCAUGGACGGCGUCGAUGACUGGGACUGGGACGAAAUGAAGUCCGACUUUCUCACACCUCACAAAAGCAGCCCCCGGUCGAGAUAUACACUUGCGCAAGAAAAAUGUAAGCGCGACCCUGCCACGCGUUGCAUUGUCAAGGGCGUGGAAGAGCGCUUCACUGCCGGCCGGUUCGAGAAGGUAUUGACUGUGGUUGCGGUUUUGACUAAAGAUACACGUCAUGUCGUUCUACGUGACGAUUGGUCGCACGGCGACGUCCGCACUGGCGAUACUGCCAACGUGAUCGGGGAAUGGACGACGCCUUCCGCGUCUUCCUCUUCACACGCUCCGAUGCCCAGCAUCACCGUGUGCUCAAAGCAAAACCUCUUCAUUCAUCACCCUGACGUUCUGCUCACUGCUACCUCUCUUUCGAACGCCUCCCAGUGUCUCCGGAAACCUCUCCUUUCCAACAUGGUGCGGUCGAGUUCUGACGUGACGCCGUCCCUCAUUUGGGGAAACAUGCUUCACGAAGUGAUGCAAACUUGUCUCUCUGUGGCCCGUUGGGACGACAAAUUCAUGGACAAGAAGAUUGCGGAGGUUGCUCAAGCAGGCCUUGGAGAGUUACUGCGAAUCGACAUGGGAGUGGAGCAAGCGAUCAUCGAGGUCAAGACAAGGGCCAAGGGCCUCAAAGUCUUCGCAGAGAAAUACAUCGCUCAGUCGCCUAAACCUGAGGCGUACUUGGUCAACACCAGAGCUGGGCGCGGAGAAUCGUCGCUACUUGCUAUCUCGCAGUUGUACGACAUCGAAGAGGACAUCUGGUCGCCCACGUACGGCCUCAAAGGAAAGAUCGACGCUUCCGUCGAAGCCGUGGUACACGACCUGGACGACUCGAGCACUCCUUUCGCCCGCACCGCACCUCAGCUCAAGAAGCACUCGUCCCCGAUGCCGUUCGAAAUCAAAACCGGUCGCGCAAUGGCGGGCAUGGAACAUCGCGCGCAGACUAUGCUCUACACGCUCCUCAUGGGUGAGCGGUACGGGGCAGAGGUCCCGAGCGGCCUGCUCUACUAUACGCAGAGCGAGGAGGUCGUCCGCGUUCCUGCCGCCAGGAAUGAGAUACGGGCGCUGAUGGUAAUGCGAAAUGAAAUGGCGACCUAUAUGAUGCACAGGCUGCGAGCAACGGCCUCCCUGUCUGUCAAAGCUGAGGACGAGGACCCAGAACAGACUAACUUGGCCCCGAGCGAAGAGCCCUUCCUGCCGCCGACCAUCGAUGACAACAGGACAUGCGGCAAAUGUUACACGCUCGAUACUUGCAUGUUAUAUCGAAAGGCCGUCGAAGGGGUCGAAGACGAUACCUCUGACAUCGCGGAUAUCUACGCGCUCAAGACCGGGCAUUUGUCUCCCUUACAAGCCGCGUUCUUCAAGAAGUGGGAAGCCCUCAUCUCUCUCGAAGAGAAAGAUAUGGUGCGCUUCAGGAAGGAGCUCUGGACGAUGGCCGCCAGCGAACGCGAAGAGCGCGGACGAUGCUUCGGCGGGAUGGUCCUCGACGUAUCGUAUCGUCCACCGGCCCCGACUAAGGCGGCGAAUCAGAAAGAAGGCAAGAUCCACCGUCUGACCUACCGCUUCAGGAAGACGGGUGCUGGAGGAGCUUCUCUUCUGAGCGGACACAUGGUCACCGGGGACGCGGUGACAGUCUCUGUCGAGCCGGAGUUGCUCGCACUCACGCGCGGAUUCAUCGUGGAGCUCACGCCCGACGCGGUCGUCAUUGGAGUGGACCACGAGCUCGACGAGGAGCUUAUCGCAGACCGGCUGCGUAGCAUCCGGGGCAACUUCAUGGAACAGGUGGUGUUCCGUAUCGACAAGGACGAGCUCUUCGGCGGGAUGGGGCGCAUCCGGGACAACCUCGCCCAGCUGUUCUAUGCAGGCGGUGACCCGCGCCGCCUUGAACUCGUCGUGGACCUGGCGAAACCGCUCUUCUCCGAGGAUAGUCUUCCGGAGACGACGGAGGUGACUGCGCAUUUGAACCAAAAUCAGAAGCGGGCCGUGUGCAAGGUGAUGCGCGCACAGGACUACGCGCUCAUCCUUGGUAUGCCGGGGACGGGGAAGACCACGGUAAUUGCUGCUAUUAUCAAGGAGCUUGUGAAGGCUGGCAAGUCGAUCUUGCUGUCCUCGUAUACGCACUCCGCCGUGGACACGAUCUUGUCGAAGCUGGACGAUGCAGACUUCGGUAUCUUGAGAUUGGGUAACCCGGACAAAAUCCAUCCUGAUGUCCAGAAGUAUACUAUGGCUGCCAGACCGCCAGCAAAGAACAUCGAGCAGCUCCAGCAGCAAGUCAUGUCACCGCCCGUAGUCGCCACGACUUGUCUUUCCAUUGAUCAGUACGCGGCUCGCAAAGGCGGCCUUGAGAUCUCGCUCUUCCGAAGGCUUUCCGAUGCCCAUCCAGCAGCAGUCGUCGACCUUACGCACCAGUACCGGAUGAACUCAGACAUCAUGCUGCUGUCGAACAGAUUGAUAUACAGCGAUCGCCUGAGGUGCGGCUCGGACGCUGUUGCCACGCAGAGCCUAUCAUUGCCGAAUGCCAAGUUCCUACGCCUCCUUCACGCGAAGUCGACUUGCCACGACACCUGUUGUUGGAUGAACAGGCUCAUGGCCGAGAGUUGCAAGGCCGUAUUCGUCGACACCGACCAAGUGCCCGCCCGCGACUCCCGCGUGGGCGACCUAGUAGAGAACAAGGUGGAGGCGCAGCUUGUCCACCAGGUAACCGAAUGCCUCCUCGGAUGCGGCGUUAGGCAAGACCAGAUUGGGGUGAUAUCGCUGUAUAGGCAACAGCUCAAGCUGCUGUCGUACCUGCUGCAAGACCGGAAGGAGCUCGAGAUGCUCACCGCGGAUCGCAGUCAGGGUCGCGACAAGGACUGCAUCAUCAUCUCGAUGGUGCGCUCCAACGACGACGGCAUGAUCGGCGAGCUCGUGAAAGACUGGCGGAGGAUGAACGUAUCGUUCACGCGUGCACGCUCGAAACUCAUCAUCAUCGGCUCGCGCAAGACACUGCAGGGGACGCCGCUGUUGAAGGAGUUCUUCGACCUCAUGGACGGGCGAGGCUGGAUCCUAACGCUUCCGCCCGACGCGCACCUCAUGCACGACUUCGCUGGCGGUACGCCGCGGAAGCGCGCUGCGGGGGAGAUGGCCGCGGACGACUUGACUUCGGGUUCGCCGCUGGUCAAGGAGAAUGGCGAAUCUGGGAGCGCGAAGCGGCGCAAGAACGUGGCGGCGAGCGAGGAAAGCAUCUUGAAGGGGCGGCCGUUGCUGCGCGAUCUCGUGAACGCGCACAAGUGA